AUGUUGGCUAAUAAUUGGUCAACUUCAUCUUCAGUAUGCACUUGUGAUGACAGACACAAUAGAGUCCACAGUCUGAAUCUGCUAAACAUGAAUCUUGUUAUUCUUGAACUCCGCAACAAUAGCUUCGGUGGUGAGUCACCUAAAGAGAUAUGUCGGUUGCACAGAUUAAAGUUUCUUGACACAGCUUAUAACAAGUUUGUUGAAGAAAUUCCUGCAAUUUUGGGCAACUUAUCACAACUACAAUAUUUGGAGCUUGGAUAUAACAAUUUCAACGUAGGAUUUAUCCCUCAAUCUAUCGAUAACAAUGACGGACGGUUUAGCAUAGUUGAACCACUAGUACUUCCUCAAACAUAGUUAUUAUAUUUGUUGGAACAAAUACUGGAGCACUAGGCAUAAGCCAGUGGUUUGUGCUAGCAGACACACACUUUGUGAAAGAAAGUGAUUUGAGAGAGAUAAAAGAGAAGAGAGAAAGAGUAAAUCUUUAUUGAUUUAGAAGAAUGUUAUACAAGAGGUAGUUUAUAAGCAAUGUCUAACACUACUUAUAGGAAACUGAAAAACAAGGAAGUUAACUUGUUAGGUAACCAACUAACUACUAACUAACACAAGUUAAAAUUGGAAAUCCACUAGGCUAU